AUGCAGCGCGGUGACACGACCGACUUCGGCAGCGACGACGACGCGAGCCUCGACGGCUUGACGCUCCUCGAGCUCCUGGCCAAAGGCAAGGAAAGCGAAGUGCUCUGGCGCCUGCGCACGCCCGGCACCAUCACCGACGACGACCUCACGAGCCUCGACGAGGACGGCGACUCGGUGCUCUCGAUGGCCGCGCUCUCCGGCUCGUUGCCAGUCGUUCAAGCGCUCAUCGAGUCGACGCCGUACGAGUCCAUUCCCAACUUUGCGUGGAUGACCAUGCAGCGGGCGGUCGCCUACAACCAGCUCCCGAUCCUAACGUAUCUCUGGGACUUCAUCCCAGACCCUUUGGACCUCAAGUCGCCAACCAACGGCAACACGCUUCUGCACCACGCGACGGACCACAGUGCCAUGAACGUGCUUCGCUGGCUCCUCCCGCGCUUCCCGAAUGUCGACGUCACCAACGAGGACGGCGAGACGCCGUUUCUGGUCGCGAUUUCCAACGCCGACUAUGCAUGCGCGGCCGUGCUCGUGGCCGCCGGCGCCGACAUCUUCGCACGCGCCACGAAUGGAAACACGGCGUUGCAUUAUGUGAUCCAUAAUGCGCCGGACGACGACGACGACGACGACUUCGUUGAGACCCUCGACGGUGUCCUCGCCGAAGGCUACAGCCUGGACGCAGUCAACGAGGCUGGCGAGCGCCCCGCCGACCUGACCGAGAACCCACGCAUUCGAGCCCUUCUCGAGGCCGAAGCCACCUUUCGCCAAGCCUUUCCCGUCCACGCCCUUGUCCGCACCAACAAGGUCGCCCGCUUCGAGGCGUGGCUCACCGAGAUGCGUGACAAGCACGGAGAGAACGCCGAUGACGAGAUUGCGGCAGCACUGACAGCCCCGGACGAGGCGGGACGCACGCCGCUCAUGCACGCAGCACUCAUGUUCGACGACCUCCGCGACGCGGACCAAGUGCUGUACUGCAUUUUGCCGCACGUUCCGGCCGAUGCGGCGAGCGCCAAAGACAACGAAGGACGGACGGCGCUCGAUAUGCUGGUGCGCCACGACCUUUUCUGUGCCGAGAACCCCACGGGCACGGUGCCGUCGCGCUUGAUGCGCGCGAUCCACGCCGUGAGCUGCAAGGGCAAACUCACCCUCGACUUUGCCCAUUUGCCGGCGUCGUACCUGCAGUGGGCCGCGUACUUGACGGGCGCCGCGCCGCGUGAGUGCACGGGCCAGUGCAAGAUGAGUUCGACCUCCAACAACGGCCUCUCGGGUCUAGCGGCGGCGCGCAACUGGACCGAGCUGCGCCGAGUGCUGCAAGCGCCUCUCUCGGCCGAUGUCCUCAACAAGAUUGAAGGGGGUAUGUCGGUCUUGCACCACGUGUGCGAACGCGGCAACGUUCCGGUGCUGAAGCUGCUUUUGACGCAGACCUCCCUCGACCUCAACCUGCGCUCCGAAGAGACCGGUCAGAGCGCUUUGGACUACGCCGUCGACAACGAUCAUGUCAAGAUCGUCCGGCUUUUGCUCGCAGCUGGCGCGGAUCCGAUGGUGGACGAAGACGUGAACGCUGCGUCCCUGGCCGAGCUGCGAACGAAUGCGACACCGAGCGAGCGCCUUGUCUACGACCGCUGGGAGUUGGCUCACUUCAACAUUGGUUUCUUCCUCUUGAACCUCCCGAACGUGGCCGCCGCGCGCCAGCUGGAUGCUCGCAAGCAGACGGCCAUGCACGCGGCGAUGCGCGGGUCGUUCUCCGAGGACACGCUCAACAACAUUUGCGCGACCGACAUUGACCUCGACAAGCAAGACGAGAACGGAGAAACCGCGCUCAUGGUGGCCUCCCGUCUCGGUCACACCGCCUACGUCACGUUUCUCUUGUCGAAAUCGGUCAACGUCGACCUUCAAAACAAGAUAGACGGCAAGACAGCUCUCAUGCUUGCGGCCAAUGGGUGCCAUAUCCCCGUCGUGGAGCUUCUCCUGGAAGCCUCGGCCGAAGUGUACCUCACCGACAAGAAUGACGACACGGUGCUUAUGCAGCUCGAGCAAGAGCUGUGGCGCGCUGGCAGUGCAGUCGACGACGAAAAGCUGCCGCAAGGACAGCUCCUCUCGCUCAUCAAGAAGGAGCUCCAGAUCCGCGAGAACUCGCCCGAGUACCAAGAAAAACAAGCCUUGAGCAUGGUGACCAUGUCCAUCAGCGACGUCUUCGAGAACGGUGGGUUUGCAAAAGCGAUUGCUGUCAGCGCCAAGCUCGGGCUCAAGUUUCUCAACGACUGCGUCACGCUGCAUCGGCACGAAGCUGCGUUCUCGCACAUGGACGCGGUGUACGGCGUGACAACCAAGACGAGUGCCCUCUACGCGGUCCUCAACUUGAACGCAAAGGACGAAGCGUUUGCGACCAAGAAGGUCAUGUUGGAACAUAUCGUCUUUCGCCGGCUCCUCGACAUCAAGUGGGAGCUCUUCGGGAAGCGCAUGUACCUCCAGCAGCUGCUCAUGAACGUGCUUCUCCUCUUCACGAUGACGACGUCGUCGUUCAUUGGCAGUGACGAAGCGCCGUCGACGGCCGCGUGCGUCUUUGGUAUCUCGGCGUGGAUCUUUGUCCUCUCUGCGUUUUUCGCGAUUUCGGAUCUGGAGCCGAGUGCGCUCUGGGCCGACGCGCGGAACGAGUACGACAACAGCCGCGAACUCGACCCGGACGUUGCGAUUCCGGACCUCCGCACCAAGAAGGAAGCUGCGACGUUCAUCUUGUACAUCUCGUCGGUCCUGCUCACCGUUUUUUGUGUCAUUCUUCUGGCCCUCUGCGCGCACCUCAUGCACGUCUCGGUCUGGUUUCCGGUCGUCAACACGGUCGUGCUCUGGCUCACGGCUCUCUACUUUGUCGUGACCGAGCGUGACGAGAUGCGGCACGACUUUCGCGCGUACAUUUCAUCGCACACCAACAAGGCGCAAUUGCUUGUCUACGUCAUCAUCCUCUUUCUCUUCGUGCCCAUCAAGCUCAAUUGGAUCAACGCGGCCGAUGAGAUUGAGUUUGGCCUCUCGGGCUUCCUCACGCUUGCGCUCUGGGUCCUCUCGCUUCAGUUUUUGGAGGUCGUGCCGUCGGCCAGCUUCUUGAUGCCCAUGAUGGCGGACCUUUUCGGAGACAUUUGGAACUUCUUCAUCCUCUUCAGCGUCUUCCAAGUCGGCUUUACGCUCACGUUUUACCAGCUCUUCCGCGGCAUGGACGACAGUUUGCACAAGUUUGGCAGCCUCGGGCAGUCGUUCAUGACGACCUACUACGUCUCGUUCGGUCAACUCGCAAUCGACUCGCUCGAUGCGUUUGGCGCCUCGGAGGAAGCUGACGCGUCAAUGAUGUACGUGGCGACGGCGCUGUUGAUGAUGCUGCAUGUGGCCAUCAUGGUCAUCAUCCUCCUCAACGUCUUGCUGGCCAUGAUGAACAAGACGGUCGACGGCGGCCUCGAAAAGGCCAAGACGCAAGCGCUGAUCAGCUACGCGCAGUGCAUUUUGCGCCUCGAGACAUCGAUGAACCUCGACGAAGCCGGCACCGAAGACCUCAUCUACCUCAAGACCAAGGCACUCGACGCAACGUUAGUCAACGAAGGCACGCCACUUGUGGCGCAGCGCAAGUGGCUCAACCCGAUCUUUACCGAGUGCGUGCCCAAGGCGCUGCUCGGACUCGGUGAAGAGCAAGCCGCCGAGCUGCAGACCGAAGCGGCGAACCGCGCGGCGUGGUCGACGUUGGUCGACGAGUUGGACGCGACGAUCGACAAGGAGCUCGACUUCCUCCGCGACAGCUUGCUCCAUGUCCAGCACUUUACCUCGCUGACGGUGCCGACGAUCUUUGCCGACGACCUCAAGCACAUCGAGACGACCCGGAGCCAGCUCAAGGGGAUCGUCGACGACGCGCGCAAGAGCAAGGGCGAGUUCCGCGACAAGGUGCUGACAGCGCUGCAGUCGCACCUAAAGAAGAAGCUCGGGCAGCUCAAGGACAAGCUACUGCGUAUCUGGGCGCCCAAGUUUGACGCCAAGGACAUGAGCGCGCGUGCCGAGUGCAUGCUCCUCUUCCAGAUGGCGCAGCGCUCGACGAUCGAUGCGCAGCUGCAAAAGGUCACGGACUCUAUUUUGGACAAUGUGGCCGAAGCCAUUGCGCCGACGACCGACGACGACGAAGCGGGUGAGACGACGCAGCUCCACGGCGAGAUCGAGGCGCUCAAAGCCACGGUGGAUGCCCAGUCCGAGACGAUGGCGGCCAUGGCAGUCAAGCUCAACAUGGCCGUCUCGCUUCUGCUUGAGCUCAAGGAUACCAAGGAGGACGCGGACGCCGCCUAA